AUGGACAUGAACAUGAAGAAGUUCACAGUGCGUCGGUUCUUCUCGGUCUAUCUCCGCAAGAAGUCUCGGUCAAAGAGCUCGAGCCUAAGUAGAUUUGAGGAAGACGGUAUCGUGAAGGAAAUAGACAUCAGUCAUCAUGUGAAGGAAGGUUUUGAAAAAGCAGAUCCUUCUCAGUUUGAGCUGCUGAAAGUAUUAGGACAAGGUUCAUAUGGAAAGGUAUUUCUAGUGCGGAAGAUCAAAGGAUCUGAUGCGGGUCAGCUUUAUGCCAUGAAGGUACUUAAGAAGGCAACUCUGAAAGUUCGGGAUCGAGUACGAUCAAAAAUGGAGAGAGAUAUUUUGGCAGAAGUGAAUCAUCCUUUCAUAGUGAAGCUUCAUUAUGCAUUUCAAACAGAGGGAAAGUUGUAUCUAAUACUAGAUUUCCUGCGGGGAGGGGACCUUUUCACAAGACUCUCCAAAGAGGUGAUGUUUACAGAAGAGGAUGUCAAGUUCUACUUAGCUGAGCUGGCCUUGGCAUUAGACCACCUCCAUGGUCUUGGAAUUAUUUACAGGGAUCUAAAACCAGAAAACAUUCUUCUUGAUGAAGAGGGCCACAUUAAGAUAACAGAUUUUGGUCUCAGUAAAGAAGCCAUUGACCAUGACAAGAGAGCGUAUUCAUUCUGUGGGACAAUAGAGUAUAUGGCCCCAGAGGUGGUCAACCGACGAGGACACACACAGAGUGCAGACUGGUGGUCUUUCGGCGUACUCAUGUUUGAGAUGCUGACGGGAUCAUUACCGUUCCAGGGAAAAGACAGAAAGGAGACGAUGGCACUCAUUCUCAAAGCCAAGCUGGGAAUGCCACAGUUCUUGAGCAUAGAAGCCCAGAGCCUGCUGAGAGCCCUCUUCAAAAGGAACCCCUCCAACAGAUUAGGUGCUGGAUUUGAUGGAGUGGAAGAAAUUAAACGUCACCCUUUCUUUGUUACUAUUGACUGGAAUAAACUAUACAGGAAAGAAAUCAAGCCACCUUUCAAGCCCGCAGUGGGACGGCCAGAAGACACCUUUCAUUUUGAUCCAGAGUUCACAUCUCGGACCCCCACAGAUUCCCCAGGUGUUCCUCCAAGUGCCAAUGCUCAUCAUCUUUUCAGAGGGUUCAGUUUCGUUGCUUCUAACUUGGUGCAGGAGCCUGCGCAGCAGGAUGUGCACAAAAUCACCGUCCAUCCAAUUGUGCAGCAGUUACAUGGGAACAACAUUCACUUUACAGAUGGAUAUGAGAUCAAGGAGGACAUAGGAAUUGGCUCCUAUUCAGUGUGCAAGAGAUGUGUUCAUAAAGCCACAGAAACAGAGUUUGCAGUGAAGAUAAUUGAUAAAAGCAAGAGAGACCCCUCUGAAGAAAUUGAAAUCCUCUUGCGAUACGGACAGCAUCCAAACAUCAUUACUCUUAAAGAUGUCUACGAUGAUGGGAAAUAUGUGUACCUGGUGAUGGAGCUGAUGCGGGGAGGUGAGCUCCUGGACCGCAUUCUUCGGCAGAAGUGUUUCUCAGAGCGGGAGGCCAGCGCUGUGCUGUGCACCAUCACCAGGACUGUGGACUACCUGCACUCUCAGGGUGUGGUGCACCGAGAUCUCAAGCCAAGUAAUAUCCUCUACAUGGAUGAGUCAGGAAACCCAGAUUCCAUCAGGAUCUGCGACUUUGGGUUUGCCAAGCAACUGAGAGCGGAGAACGGGCUGCUCAUGACUCCCUGCUACACCGCCAACUUUGUCGCCCCCGAGGUCCUUAAACGCCAAGGUUAUGAUGCAGCCUGUGACAUCUGGAGCUUGGGGAUCUUACUGUAUACCAUGUUGGCAGGGUUCACUCCUUUUGCAAAUGGACCAGAUGACACCCCAGAGGAGAUUCUGGCCAGGAUUGGCAGUGGCAAAUAUGCACUUACAGGAGGAAACUGGGAUUCAGUAUCUGAUACUGCAAAGGACAUUGUGUCAAAGAUGCUUCACGUAGACCCUCAUCAGCGCCUCACAGCAGUCCAAGUCCUAAGACAUCCAUGGAUAGUGAACAGGGAGUAUCUGUCUCAAAACCAACUCAGCAGACAGGAUGUUCACCUGGUGAAGGGUGCAAUGGCAGCCACUUACUUUGCUUUAAACCGAGCACCUCAGGCACCAAGGCUGGAGCCUGUAUUGUCCUCCAAUCUGGCUCAGCGGCGGGGCAUGAAAAGACUUACCUCUACCAGGUUGUAGCAGUACCCCCAAAAGGCCUCUUUGAAAACACAGUUUAUUAUUUGAGAGAUUCAUCUUUACUUGGCUAGCAGAACUAUUUUGGACAACCUGCACAUGGUAUCGCCAGAACUAGCAGAAGCCCAGCAUAAGGCAAAGUUCUCCUUUGCUCCGUCAUUUCUUUUACAUUCCAGCCAGGGUCCCAAGUUUAACAACUUCACAAAGAUGUGCCAAUUUUGCCAGUAGCUCUGUUUUCUUACUGAGAUAAAGCCAAAUAAAGUAGACAUGCUCUCUCCUUCCCGCCCUA